AACAGAUGGAUUGAGAAUGAACAACAUACAAACACACACAAUACUUAUUUUAAUUCAAAUAUGUAUGUUUAAACUUUUAUAAAAAAACGCAAUAUUACAAAAGAAUUAGAGUGACUGUAGGAGUGAGCAAAAUAAAAACAUUAUUAUUUAUCCUGUACAAAUCACAAUGUCAAGAAAUUUAUAUAUGCAUCCAAGAAAUAUUUACAAAGAUCCACCGGAUUAUGUUGAAUUGGCUAUUAAAUAUCCGAAUUUUCGAGCAGUAUCUAAACUUGAACUAAAUGGUAAAGUAUCGGUAAAUUUAAAAAAUCCUGAAGCUUUAAAGCAAUUAUCAAAAACUCUGCUCCUAAAAGAUUUUCAACUUGACAUUGAGUUUCCUGAAAAGUCUUUAAUUCCAACCAUUCCUCUCAGAUUAAAUUAUAUAUUGUGGAUGGAAGAUUUAAUAAACUUUUUUAACUUAACAAAAGUUGAAGGAAUAGAUAUUGGUUGUGGAGGAGCUGCAAUCUACUCAAUUCUCGCAGCAAGAAAAAAUUAUUGGAAAAUGAUAGGCUUAGAAGCAGAUCAAGAAAAUGUUGAUUUUGCGACUUUAAAUAUAAAAAAAAAUAAUUUAGAAGAACUAGUAUACAUAUUUCAACAGAUGAAUGAUGUUAUAUUUAAAGAUUUAUUUGAAUUAGAGCAAAAUAUGACAAGGAAGUUUACAUUCUGUAUGUGUAAUCCACCAUUUUAUGAACAUCAAGAUAAUUUACCUCAAAAUAGACAAUAUCGCAAGCGAAAGGCACCAAGGAAUGAAGCAACGGGGAAAUUUGCAGAAUUGGUUUGUGAUGGAGGGGAAGUAGCUUUUGUAAAGAAAAUUAUAUGUGAAAGUUUAGUUUAUAAAGAUAAAAUAUUAAUAUAUUCUUCUUUACUUGGUCACAAAAAAAGUGUUUUUGAAGUUCUACAAUUUUUACGAACCAAAAAUGUUGAAAAUAUUUUGCAAACCGAAUUUUGUCAAGGAAAUACUACUAGAUGGGGUGUUGCAUGGUCUUUUUCAAAAACUUUAGAUUUGAAUCUUUGUAAACAUUUGUGCAUAGGAAAGCCUAUCGAAUUAAAUGUGAAUUGUACUUAAGAUAACCAAAGAAAUGAAGCAUUAAACUUGAUUUAUUUUUUUAUAUUUUCGUAAUAUUGAAAAAGCUUUGUAAAAUAAAACUACAAUUUUAUUAAUUUUAUAAAUCUCAGCAUUUAAUCAAUGCAACUUAAUUUUCUAAUGAAAUUUGUGUUAAAUUACUAGACUUUUUAUUUUUUGUUAAUAUUUUAAAAAAAUAUUACGUGAUUACAUUAGUUUUUUUUUUUUUCUUAAUUUAAAUAAUUUGUUUUUAGUUUUUUGUUUCUUAGUAUUUCAUAUACAUAACAUAUAAAUAUACUAAAAACAAUUUUUGUUUUUGUAAUAUUGUAUACAUCAUUUACGAAUUGUGUUUAUACAUAAUACAAAUUUUUAUUUAAUGUAUAAAUUUUUUGCAUAAAUAAAAAGCUGGUAUGUUACAACAAAAAUAAUUCAAACACUUUGUGUUUAUCAAUUAAAAAUAAAGAAAAUACAUGAUAUUUUUGUCCCGAAAUCUUUAAGAAAACAAAAAAUUAUGCAUAAGCUAAUAAUGUCUGUAAAUUUCAAAUAACAACAAUAAUAAUAUUAAAAUGUUGAGGUUAAUUUGUGAUAAAAGUUUUAAAACGAAAUAAUGUUAAAGAUUCCAUAAAAUAUUUACCAAUAUAUAGAUAGCUUGUCUGAAAUUUGUAUGCGUCUUUUAUGAGAAAAUAGUUGAAUUAAUUUUGUGUUUGAUUAAUUUAACCUGAUUUGUAUUUUAUUAACAGUUGAAAAUGGGUUACUCUGGUCAAAUAGACCAUGCACAUUUUAUAGAUAUUUAAUUUUUAAGUUUUAAAAAUUUAUUUAGAAAAAAAUAUCAGAGUAUUUUUGGAUAACGAAUAAUAUUUAUGUUACAAUAAUAAGGGUAUUCAAAAAAAAAAAAAAAUAAAAUAAUUUGAAAUUUAAUUACUUAAAACAGUUGAAAAAAAUACAUAUGUAUAAUAAAAAAUUAACUUUGUUUUAAUUGACUAAAUAUUUUUUAUUUUAACUUUAAUAAAUCAUUAGAAAUUUUUUUAUGGUUUGUCAUUUUUACUUUACUCUUUCUUUUUUUUUUGGAAAAUGAAUUUUUUUUUAAUAAUUUCUUUAUUUUGUAUUGUAAGCUUAUAACUGAACUUAAAUUAAAAUAUAAUAUUCAGUCUAUAAUAAAAUAUUUGAUUUACCACUUAAGUUACUAUUUUAAAUUUCUUAUCUUCUAAUUAACUCUAGUUUAAUUAUUUUUUUUUUAAACUACAUAUUCCUAUAUUUAAAAUAAUUACCUUCAAUUUAUUAUUUUUUAUAUUUUUUAUUUGUUUCUAAUAUUUAUGGCAAUAACGUGGCGCAUAAUGAAUCUCUAAAUAAAAACAAAUUUGAACUUAAUUUUUAAAUUUAAACCCUUUUUCCUUUAUGUAUUACGAAAUAUUAAUUUGAUUACAUAAUACUUUUUCCGUAAAAAAUAAUGUUAAUUUCAAUAAUAUGCAAUUG